AGACCGGAUCGUGACGUCAUGGUGCUACGUGGAAAGGAAGUAGCUUCCAGGCUAAUGCUAGCUGCUAAAGUUGAGAGCGACCAAAACAAACGAUGACGGCUGAGGCAAAGAGCCGAAAAAAGCUCGGAAUGGACGCGGAAAUUUGAUUCGCUUUGAGAAGCUAGAUGCGGUAUUAUAUAUACCCACAUUUCUUCAUGGCAGAUUCGUUGAAAUGCGGUUAUUUCCAGCGCUGACUGACCAGUAUUUCGAGCUCUAACUGUAUCUGGGAUCGAUGGUCUUGUACACUGUAACGUUGUGCGUUGGCUAAUUUACAGUUCUGCUAGACUAGCUGUGAAAGAAGCAAAAAAUAGUCUGCAAUUACGAAAUACAGCUCGUAGCAGGUUACCUUGACAACAGAAAAUGGAAUGACAGGAACGGUGACUGUUCAGUCUUGUUACACCGAGUUCCCUUCACGAUCUCUGAACAUUUUCUGUACUUGGUGGUAGCCUAGCUAGCCUGACAGGCAGGAUGAGCUGGUUCAAUGCAUCUCAUCUGUCCAGCUUCGCCAAACAAGCUCUAACAACAGCUCAGAAGUCAAUCGAUCGGGUUCUGGACAUUAAAGAAGAGGACCAAUGGGGGGACACAGUUGUUAUGCCCUACGAUGGUGAGUAGUGAAACAUGCCAUAUGAAGAUUCAUUUGCUUUAUGUUUACUCCUUUAAGUGGUUCAAUCUGUGUUUUUAGAUGUUACACUGCCUGAAAAGCUGUCAUUAAGUGGAGGAUGGGGAAUAACUCAGUGGGAGGCACCACCCGAAGAAAAGACCACCACUCCCCCGCCCUCUUCUGAGGCCAUCACUACUCCUGUCACCCGCACAGUUGUUGAUGAAUCUGAAAACUUUUUCAGUGCCUUUUUGCCACCAGGAGAUGUUCAAGGUGUCACCAAAACUCAAGUCGUCUCUGUGCCUCCUACUAAGUCCCAAGGGCGGCUUCAGGAGAAGGAAAAUAAAAAUAACAAGGCUGUGGUCCAGAAAGAAGAGGAAAGUGAAGAGUCAGAAGCUUCUGAUGAGUGUAAUGACGAUCUGGAAUCUGCUGAAAACCAACCAGCCGAGCCUGAGUCUUUACCAGCAGCACCUUACACAGACACUAUCCUUCUUGAACCUGUUUCUCCUGCUUAUUCUUCCAGCAAUCUUUCUGGUACAACUGACACCAAAACAAACCAUGUAGAAGAAGAAGUUAGCCCAACAGUCCCUGAAGACUCAAAAACAGAGCCAUCACAGGCACCCUCUGAUCACAAGAUUGAGCAGGAUAGUACAGAUUCUGCUGAACCCUCUGCUGUCACCUCUGGAUCUAAAAGCUCAACCCCAUCAGAACCAUCACCCACUCCUUCCUCAAAAGAAGUACCUAUUGAGCAUAAAGACUCAAAGGUGGAGGACCGACAAAGUGAUACCCCCUCUCCACCGGUCAGUGCUUUCUCCUCAGGAACCUCCACUACCAGUGAUAUUGAAGUGCUAGACCAUGAGUCUGUGCUGAGUGAGAGCUCUGCCAGCUCCAGACAAGAAACAGGUGAGGGCAAGGCUGGCCUUCAUCUGAUGCAGGGCUCCUUCCAGCUCCUCACUGCCUCCACCUGUGGAGACUUCCCUCGCUUGGAGGACUACUCCAAACUAACAGAGAGCUGCGGCUCUUCCUCUGAUGCAUUUGAACGCAUAGAUUCAUUCAGUGUACAAUCAUUGGAUAGCCGAAGUGUCAGCGAGGUUAACUCGGAUGACGAGAUCCCUGGCAGUCGGACACUUGCGUCUGUCACGGCAGGCCCUGCUCCUUUAACAGAGUCAUCGGCUGUGUGUCAAAAGCAAGACAAUGUGGUAGUGGAGAAGGUAGAAGAGGAGCAUGAUGAGGAAGAAGAGGGAGGCUUCACUGAAUCAGUGAGGGAGCAGUCACUCGACGAGAUGGAGGAGAGUGGAAGGAGUGCAACGCCUGUCAACAGUGAGCAGCCUGAAGAGUUACUAGAACAGGAUUCAGAGAAAAAUGUCACGCUCUCUGAUGCCACAUGCAUGGUGGAAGAUAAAAUCAUUCCACCAAUCACAGAGGAGAUGAAAGGUUUCUCAACAGUUCAGAUUUUGGAGCUCCAAAAGGUACCAGUUGGUAUUUUGUACUCAUUAAAUGUUUAUGUUGAUUUGAAACUAAAAGUCUGUGAAGUUGAUACAGCUGUGUAGAUUACACCCUAGUCUUAAACAGUGUUUCUGCCCUCACCAAUACAUUUUGACAGGCGUAUUUGAGGGAUAUUUGUAACACAUUCUAAAGAACAAAGUAUGCAGUAAAGUAGAGAUAUUUAUUUGGUACACAAUAAUAAAAAAGGUUAAUUUUUGAACUAUGAAUUAAGUAAAAUGCAUGUAUUGAAAAAAUACUUGAAAACCUCUUUAGUACUUUGCACAACAUUCCCUAGAAUGCAAUAACCAGUGGGAUUUAUGUGACCCAUAUCCAUAUAUCCAUGUCAGUUUUAAAACCCCUUCAAGCAACCCUGUGCUUGUUUCCUUUCUGUUUAUAUCCCUGCCUUACCAUGAGUUUAAAGACAGCUGGAAACAGGUGGUUAAAUAAAUCAUCUUUCUUUUCUGUUCUGAUCGAUACGUUUUUCUUUAGUGUCUCUACACUUGCUAACAGAAAAAUCCUGUGGCCAUUUCUUAGGUCAUUGAUGAGCUGUCGGGACGCCUUGAGAAGAGAGAGUCCCAGCUGCUGUCAGUCAGCAAAGACAAGGCCAAGCUGGAGGAGGAGUGUGACAAUCUCAAAGAGUGCGUUUAUGGUUCUGAAUGUCAUGUUGUUGAUAUGUAAAAAUAGAAAUGCCUAGAUUACACUAAGCUUUGUGUUGAGCCAAAUUCGUAUACCCCCUAGUGCUUGUUGACAGGCUUCUGGAAUGUUCAACUGAUGUUCAUUAACAUCAGCUGUUUGUUGCUACCUGUGCUGUCUUGGCCUUGAGACUGAAAGAUGUGGAUGAUGAGUUCUCAAACUAAUGAAUUUGUUCAUCCUCCAGUGAAGUGGUAACCUUGAAGGAAGAGAGCUCCACUGUUCAGUCCUUGAAGGAUGAGUUCACCCAGCGCAUAGCAGAUGCUGAGAGGAAGGCUCAGCUGGCCUGCAAAGAAAGAGACAUCGCCAAGAAGGUAACUGGCAUAUUCUCAUCCUUAGUUAUGCCUCGUAUUAGCUUUUUAAAACUAACUGCUGUAUACCUGAUUAUUCUAAUGUUCUAAUUUUAGGAAAUCAAGGGGUUGCGAGAAGAGCUCUCUACAAGACUUAACUCGAGUGACACGAUGGAGAUCAUCAGAGAGAAGGAAGAGCAGAUCAGAGGACUGUUGGAAGAAGGUGAGACUAUACUACGUUUUUCAAGUUCUUGAAAAGUUGCUCAACUUCUUAAAAAGCAUGUACCAAAAGCAUUAUUCAACUGGCCAGUUAAAAUUAUUCAUACAUUAGUCUUGAAUGAACAGUCGGUGGAUGGUUUAAAUGGCAGCAUCUGACUACUUACCUUGUAAAAGAAACAAAAGGUUCAAAUAAAAAAGUGCUUAGACACACAUGGUAUCAGCUCAAUAUCUGCUUCUAGCUUUACAAGGGUUUUCAUAGCUGUUCAUUUCUGUCAUGUUCAGGUGAAAAGCUGUCCAAGCAGCAGCUGCAACACAGCAACAUCAUCAAGAAACUGCGUGUGAAAGAGAAGGAGAGCGAUGGGAAGAUCAUCAAGCAGCAGAAGAAGUUAAAGGAACUGGAUGAGGAGCUCAAACAACUGCAGCAGGUGAGUCUUUUGUGUGUUACACUUCACAGUUAUUGCCACUUACUCCUGCUGUUUCCUUCUGUGUAGAUCUUUUCUUGUGUUGUACUUACUCUUAAAUGUACGUCACUUUGUGAGUGACAUUGUUUCCCAGUAAAAAUGUAAAUUUAACAAUGGAGAUAACAUCUCCCUGGCAGUUUUAAAAAAGGGUGCUCUAACCAUUUUGUAGUCUAUUCCACCGGGUAAGCCAAGGAGCAGUGUUGUAGUUGCUCUUUUUGUAUCAGUUUCAAUGAAUUUUAAUCAAAGGCACUUUUAUCUGACUCAGUGUGCUAGUUUCAAUUAUAUAUGAGGUUGGAGUUUUCAGUUCUCAUUGAAAAAAGAUGCGGUUUUUGAUGUUCAAACAGAUAAAAGUCUUUGAUUAAAGCGUGGGUAAUAUUGGUCAGAGAGAUGAAAGAGUGAUUUAAUACAAUUUUAUUUCAAAAGAAAGAUUGAUUUAUGUAGUGCCACUGCUAUUGAUGGAACUUACUUUAAAAUGAAUAUGACCCUCACAAAUUUAUUCAUGUGGAGUAAAAUUUCCACUUGUUUCUCCUCUCUGAAAUUAUAAAUCCACCUGAGCCACGCUAGUGAGACUUACCAAAUAGCUACAAACACACCUAUGAACCAUGCUGCUCCGGCUACUUUUUGUUUUCUGAAGGCUUGCAGUAGAUUUGUGGGUUUUUUACAUGAUGAUUGAUGGAGCAAGCUGGGUCAAAUCAAAGCCAUUUUGUAAUUGUAAUUGUUCAAAUACAGGGGAAUAGUAAAUAAACAGUGUUCAUAUAGUGCUUUCUGUAUUUUACUGACCAUUCAAUGGGCUUUUUUUACCAACAUUUACCCAUUCACACUAUAUUCAUACGCUGAUGGGAAAGGCUGCUUUAUAAAGCACCUAUCAAUAAUAAUUAAUCCCAGUCACGCACCGCUGGCAAAGUUUUGGCACUUAGUACACAUUAACAUGUAGCGUUGGUUUGUUCGUUUGUCUGUUAGCAACUUUACAGAGAAAGUAACAGAAGGGGUUGACCUGAAAUUUUCACCAGAGGUGCGUCUCAGCCCCAGGAGGAUCCCAUUACAUUUUGGUGGUCAUCCGAACAAAAUUCUGGAUACUGUGAUCCAGAACACACAAAAAAAGGCUGUUGUUGGAAUUUUCAAUGCUGAAAGAUAAGGAAUUGGUGGCAAAGUGGUGUAGAUAGGUGGCACAGUGGUGUAGUGGGUAGCACUGUCGCCUCACAACCAGAAGGUCCUGGGUUUGAAUCCUGGUAAGGGCAUUUCUUGUUCAAGGGGGGACAUGAGCUGCUUGGCGGAGGUCUGCGCUCUCUGACUGCUUUUCUAGUUCUGUCUUUGUUGUUGUCUCACGAUCCUUUUUACUUCAGUCUUCAAGUAUUAAACCAAAUGUAUCUUUUUUAGGAACCUGUAUGAUAGUUGUAUGUUCAAUAUAUUAGGCUUCAAUUCUGCACAUGAUUUAUGUGUAAAGGUUCUAGAUGGGAAGGAGGAGGUGGAGAAGCAGCACAGGGAGAACAUCAAGAAGCUGAAUGCUGUGGUGGAGCGCCAGGAAAAGGAGCUGAGCCGGCUGCGGUCAGAUUCUGAGGAGCUGCAGGAGAAGAAUAGAAGCAUCCAGGCCGCUCUGGACAGCUCAUACAAGUAAUCACAAACACAGCCUGUAAUACAUGCUGAAUGGACUUGAGAGGAGCUUUUUCUGUCAUACUAAUCUCACAGGGAAAAAAAAUGUCCCACUUUAUUAUAUACAACUCCAUUAGUGAUAAAGAUUACAACAGACUGAAUAGAGGCACUUUUAUUUCAUGCUAACCUAGUCUGUUGGAGUUGAGAUGAACAGUAAUACUGAGAGUGAAAGUUGUAUUUCUACUUUUUCAAUAUAGUUAUCUAAAAUGUAAGUAUUUUUGGAUUACAGUAAAGGUACUCACAGAAAUACACAAAAAUCCCAUCUUCAUUGUGGAUUUCAGAUCAGAUUAGAAAUGUUUCAGUGUUACUGCAUGCAGGAAUGGCUCUGUAAUGCUGAUUGUUUUUCUUUUAUAUCAAGGGAGUUAGCAGAACUUCACAAGGUGAAUGCCAGCAAAGCUAGUGAGGCUGAAGAGGUCGCUCUCAGCAGGGAAAUACAGGCCAAGGAACAGCUGAGUCUGGCUCUUGAGAAGGCGCAAGAGGAGGCCAGGCUGCAGCAGGAGGCCUUGGCUGAUCAGGUAACGCCGGCACAUGCUGCAGACACACCAAAGAACAAUUUAUCUGCUGUGCAAGUAAUGAAACUGAGCUCAAUUUGUAUAUAUUAGUGUACAUACACUACACAUUAAAGAAGCCUUCAGUUUAUCACCUUAAUUCUAUCAUACAAGUCAAAGGCAAAGCUGUUUGUUGCACCAGGUUUUUACUUGUGUAAGUUGCUAUGUUUAUGCCCUUUGCCCUGUGUUUUCCUGUCAUAAACUCUUACAUACUGCUUUAGGCUGAAGUAGUUGAUACCCUGACUUUGAUCUGCUUUUAUCCACAAGUAAAUGCUGCAGGAUACACUAUAAGAACUGAGUGAUAAAGUGAAUGUUUACAACACUGCAGAUGCUACACAGGCCUCAUUGUAAAUAUCCACUGAACAUUUGGCAGUUCACUUAAAUUUGUAUACAGGUGAAGAGUGCAGAGCAGUUUCUCGUAAAUUUUUACCCUUACUUUUUUACUCAAAAUACAAAAUAGGUUAUACAUGAAUUCUUUCUACUGUUGUGCACAGGUGGCUGACCUGAGAGUGGCUCUGCAGCGUGCUGAGCAGCAGCAAGCAAGGAAAGAAGAUUAUUUGAGGGAGGAGAUCAGUGAGCUGCAACAGGUAACCUCAUAUGCCUGGUAGAAGGUGUGCCAAGAAGCCGGCUCCCUUUGACAGAAGACAAAUAAAACAAAAGUUUUACAAGGGUGGGGUUUUAUGUAAUUUUUACAAUUUUGGAUCUUGUCUUCCACAGAGGCUACAGGAGGCAGAGACCAGGAACCAGGAACUCAGUCAGAGCGUUACUUCAGCAACACGGCCCCUACUGCGACAAAUUGAGAACCUACAGGCUUCACUGGGCGGGCAGACAGCAUCCUGGGAAAAAUUGGAGAAGAACAUCUCUGAUAGGCUUGGUGAGAGGGACAAACCUAACUCUUCUUUUAUAAGUCAUAAAUACAAAGUGAAGAGAAAACCUGAGGUGUUUUUGGCAUCUAAACAGCGGAUGCCCAGGCACAGUUGGCCAUUGCUGUGCAGAAGGAGCGAUCAGCAACGGAGGAGCUGAUAUCCAUCAAGUCCCAGCUUGCUUCUUUGGAGUCCCAGAAUUCCCUUCUCCGCCAGGAAAAGGCAAGAAUCCUGGCACAGCUGGAGGCAGAGAAGAACAAAAGAGAGAAACUUGAGGAUGAAAGCAGCAGGUAAAAAUUACAACUUCAAACUCCAACCUGUAAGGUCGACUGAGAAGAUACAUCCUGCUGUUCUUUUUUCAGUUUCAGUGUUGAGUGUCAGAGUGAUUGAGAUGCAUUUUAGUGGGUUAUCUGAAGUUAAGAGAGGGACAAGGGAGAAUUUUCUGAGAAAAUUAAGGACAAUUAAGUGAAUCUUAAGCUGCAUUCAGUUUCUUUCUCCAGAUUUGUAAAUACAUGUGUUUGUGAAAAUUAAUGGGGAAGUCUUUCUGGUUUCAAUAAAUCUUGUUAAAGUGUUCGGCAGGAUCUUGUCACAGUAUCUUCUCAUGUAGUGCUUGUGCUUCUUGUAAAGCACUGGUUUUACUACCAGCCCAUUUGUGAGUCAGAGUGUUGCAAGCAUGGCUGUGUGAGCUCGGGGGAGGGGACUUCCUCAUAGAGGAAGCAGUCAUGCAUGGUUAUCUGUUGUGAGCAGACUCUGCACCUCCAUCAGGGCCAGUGGCGCAAUGGAUAACGCGUCUGACUACGGAUCAGAAGAUUCUAGGUUCGACUCCUGGCUGGCUCGAAACUUUUCUCUGUUUCAGGAAACAGUUAAAACAGAAACACACUGAUACUGCAAUAAAAUCUCCCUUUAGUCUCUUACCGACUCAUCAAAAACUGCACUGAAAGAAAAGUCUUCUCAGUUAGGUUUUAUUUACAGCUCUUGGCUGUUUAAGAAAAGUGUUUGAUACUUUAUGUAAUUGCAGAUAGUUGUUAGAUUUCACACUAUUACAUCAAUGUUCUUGAGUUCUUGAAAUUGUUUGAUGUUCUUCCAUUUUUGCUUCUUUUACCCAAGGGAACAUGUUGAACUGGAAAAUCUGCGAGGAGAACACAGUCGGAUGUUGGAAGAUGCUAAAAAAGAAAAGGUGGCAUAAUGCUCUUCUCCAUUCACAUUGUUACCUACCAUGAAACAAUUCACUUUAACAGCAUAAUACUCCUUAUCCCGCUAGCUGCUGCUGUCCAACCAAUUAGAGAUGGAGAAGAUGAAGGUGGAGCAAGAAAAGAAGAAAUGCUACUUGGCACAGGAGGCACUCAAGGAAAAGGUUUGAGUGAACUGAAGACAUUCAUGUAAACAAAGCGCCAUCCUUACUCUGCUUUGUAUGUCAACAUUUCUUCAUUCAAUUUUUUUUUAAAUUCUGUGUUGUGUUCAGGAGCGGAAGGUCAUGACCCACUCUGUGGAGCCCCCAGCCUCCUCGACACCCUCCCUCUCUCGCUCCAGCUCCAUCAGUGGAGCAGACAAUGCUGGCCUGCACAUAUCAGUUCUUUCUCAGGUGCAUAAACAGGGAAAAUGUUCUCAUGUAAAGCUCAUAAUUUGUUCUUUAGUGCUUAUAUUUAUGCAGUUUGACAAGCCCUAAAUUUUGGUGUGUUCCUCAAAAGGAUGACGCUUCAGAGCACUCUCUGGGUACCAUGACUAUGUCAAUGUCCAUGAGUGGGACCAACCUGUAUGAGGUGGCUCGGCUGUCUGGAGGCUCCAGCAUAAUAGAGAACCUUCAGUCUCAGCUCAAACUCAGAGAAGGGGAGAUAGCACAGCUGCAGGUAGAAACUCAGAACAAACUCAUAAAAACUACUUGGUUUGAAUUGCUGAUUAUUUUAUGACACAUAAACACCAGCUGUUGAAACUUUAAAUUGUCUUUUAAGUACAAAAGAUAGCAUGGUACAUGCAUCAACAGCACAGAGGACAUUUUGGGGACAGAAGCUAUAAAUUGCUGAUAAUGUAUCGGUGGGUUUUAUCUCCUUUCCUCCUACUGUUACAGCUUGAAAUCUCCAGUCUGGAGAGGAGUCGUUCUGUGAUGGCUGAAGAGCUGGUUCGACUCACCAAUCAAAAUGAUGACAUGGAUGAGAAAGUGAAGGAGAUCCCUAAGCUGAAAAUUCAACUCAAAGUAAGGGGUGUCGAAGAAAAGUUCUUUCUUGACUCUCAAGAGGUCAUUUGUUUCCUGAGGCUCUUCUAAUUUUUGUUUUUUUUUUGUAUUUCAGGAUCUGGAGCAAAGGCACAACACAAUUCUUCAGAUGUAUGGAGAAAAGGCGGAAGAGGCUGAGGAGCUAAGACUAGACCUUGAAGAUGUGAAGAAUAUGUACAAAACCCAGAUUGAUGAACUGCUAAAAAAUCAGAAAUAAAAAUGUAUUCUCAUGUUACUUCCGGGAUAACCCAUUUGAAUCGAGAGUGAAGAUAAGACCUAAUCACAGUGUCAAAUGAAAGAUAGCCUGUAAUGUACACUAAUGAUCACAUACAACAUUUGAGUUGGGAUUGUUCCUGGCAUAUAAUGCUUUAUUACAGAAUCAGUAUGAAGGAAAGCUACAGUUCAUGAUUCAGGGGUCCAUUUGAAAUCAUUAGGACUUAGUACAGACUUGCUUUAGAUCGUUUUCUCAUGGCUGACUCUUUCACAUAGUAUCUUUUGGACAGUUUAUAAAAUUAGGAGGCGGUGAAGCUUUUUGCACUAUACAAAUUCAUCCUUGUUUAUUUCCUUUUGCAUUAUCAGAAUGGUUUAAAAAUAAUAUAAUUAUAUUGUACAGAAAAAAAAGUAUGUUCUUAACUCCUUCUUGAUCACAGGAUGUGGUGUAGACUUGACAGUAGUCUUUGAUUGAAGUCCUGGAGAACCUUAUAAAUAUGUAUAUGAAUAAACAUUUAUUUGGGUGGUGAGGAAACAUGGGUCGUAAUUCAGAUCAUGUAGAGUAACACGUGAGAAAUAUAACAUCAAAUAAAAGACAAACACUUUCAGUGCCACACAGAACUCUUCAAAUAAAUCUGAAUACUCUUCAUGCA